AGUGUAGUUUCAAAAUUAUGUCAAGAUCAUGGACGGCUUUACUGACAUUCUUGGUUUUCUUUAUGAUUCUGUACAUUCUGGCGUUGAAUGGAUUUAUUGCGCUUAAAUCAGGUAAGAUUCAGUUCAGUCGAUGAGAAUGUCAUUCAGGGUUUAUUUUAACGUUCAGUUCUACACAAAAUGUGCAGUUCUAAACCCAUUUGUGCAGUUCUUAAAACACAAAUGUGCACCAAACUAACAAAAAUAGCCUUAAAACAGUCUUCUCAUUUACUCGUUGCCCUUGUGGAUGCUCCAGAAAAUUCCAGAAUUGCUGUCAUCAUGUUAAUUGAGCAUAAAAAAUAUAAACGUUUUCUGGGGUUGGAUUCCAGACCCUCCUAUUUUCCUCACAAAUCACUUACGUGCUGGCGCAAUGAAAAAGAAGGUAAAAUUGGGGCGAGCGAAGCUACCCAAAAGAGAUUAGAGUGGGAGAACUUAAUAUUCAUUGCUGCCUCAAAUGCAAAAUUAAGGUUGUUAUACGUAUAUUCAAUAUCCAUGAUUCCCAGUUACAUGUUUUGAAGCAGUUUUUUUUUGUGAGUGGUUGGGUAAACAAAUCUUUGCCAGAACUAAGAGCCUCUAGAUUCAUAUUGUUUUGGGGAACACUCCCUAGCUCCCGCACCCGAAAUCGAGUUUGUCUGGCCUUUCUCCAAUUCUUCCAGCCAACCACACCAUUAUUCUGUCACCUAAAUGCAGGUAAAAAUUCCUUCGACCCCCGUCAAACACCAAUUGCCUUCGUAACAUCCCUAUAUGUGCAGUUCUACAUUUUUCUUAAAAUAAACCCUGAUGUCAUUGCAUGCAAGAGGGCCAAUUCGGAUCCGUUUCUUGGAAUUAUUUCAUCGAGAAGAGAUUAUUAACCGUCAAGAGCUUCAUGAACCAUAAAUAUCUAUAGUUACAGAUGGCGUCUUGCGAGUGUGUUCAAAACGUCGCGCUUAUCAUGUACAGAACCUACAGUAUUACGCAUUAAGUUAUUCACAUAAUCGGAAGUUUGAUAUACAAACGCCAAAUUUAGUAAGUCGAGCGCAAUCUUUGGCCGCACAUGAUACAAUGGUUUAGGAUGGAAGUAUGGCGGGAACUUCUCUCGCCCAUGCAAAUGUGUUAGAUGAUCAUUCACGAAGCAAAUAUACAUGCAUCAACACAACUGUUUUUGUGUUUAAUAUAAUUUGAAUUAGGUUCUAAUCGGCGCAAGAUAUAAGCAUGGUGUUUUUCACAACUUUAGAGCCAAAUAACAAAGACGAGCUAGGCUUGCCAGGCAAGAUAAGACACUUUCACGAAGUAUAACAAGAUUAUGCGCGAAAUUUUCCUGAAUAUUAUUACCGCACUGAGGACCAAAAACUUGAGUUAAACUUCACAUUUUCAUGCUGAAAGGGUUAUCAUAUUCCCUAAAUGCAUAUGUUGUAAACUUCAUUCCGAACUUUGUUGCGAUACCUGUUUGUAAAUAAUAUAUUUGAUUGGGUAUUUAAUUAUUGGGUUCUUUCUUUUCAGGGACCAAUGAGGCAUUGUUUACAAACAAGCUUGGGAAUUUCAAUAUGAACUUUUGAACUUGACAACAAAGUUCUGAACCAUGUUUGCAACAUUUAUAAGGAUAAGUUAUUUAAAAUCGGAUGUAACCUGAUUAUGUCUGGGUUUAUUUUUGUUUAGGUAUAAUUGAGAAUAAUUACUUCCUGACAUUACAUAAGAAUUCUACCAAGAUCAGCUUACCAAAGCCAGUGUACGUGACGAUUGAAAAUGUCCCGGAAAAUGAAAACAAAGGACUUAAUGAAAAUGUUUACAGCUUGAUGAGCACCAAAAGGAUAGAAAGUAGACCAAGAAAUGCAACUGAUUAUGAAAAAGGCCACACGGAUUUGUGCAAGAAUUCAUGGCAAGAAGAUUACACAAAGCUUCAUCAGCAUUUGAUAGAAACGGACAAGAAUAAGUUUAAUAUAUUCAGUUGUUCGGGAGGGGGCUGGGGAAAUCGACUCAGAGAUCUAUUAACCGCAUUUCAUUUUGCAGUUGUCGCAAAGCGAGCAUUCAUUAUAUAUUGCGACAUUCCUUCACCUUUGGAUAGGUUUUUAGCACCUCGAUACAUAAAAUGGAACUACAAAGUGAAUGAAACACAAUUAACUGUUAGACGUCGAUACCAAGUCAAGCUAAAUGAUAUAGAAAACCCUUCCGAUCCAAAAAUAUACGAACAAAUGCUAAACUACUCAAUGGAAUAUGACCCUGGAAUGAUUGGAAAUAAAUACCCAUUUUUUGCAAGUCUUCUAAAGUAUGACUUACCAGUUUGGCCUAAUAUUCCUCAGAUGUUGGGAUGUAGCUUUUAUUACUUGUUUAAGAAAUCUGACAUGUUGCAGAAACGUUUGGAGGAAUGGAAAGAAAAAUUAGGUUUCAACCAAAAUAUUGUUAUAGGUAUACAUAUUCGUCAAGGAGAUUCGGUGUUUCUGCACCACAACAGCAAAGAUAAAAAAUUUAAAAAUUCGAAAGAUAUUGAUUUAGGUUUGGAUUGUGCCUUGCAAAUCCAAAAGGAGAUUAAGAAGAAGUACAAAACGGAUAACAUAGUUUGGUUCUUGGCCGCUGAUUCUGAAAAGAUGAAAAUUCGUGCAAAACAGAAAUAUGGCGAUAAAGUGAGAUCCAUUACUGGUCCUAUUGAACAUGUUGCACAUCCAUCUAAAGGAAAUGAAGAUGCAGGACAUUUAUCAAUGUUUCUCGAUUUCUUUCUCUUGCAAAAUUCUGACUACAGGCUUUAUCUAGGAGGAUCUACAUUUGACAAUGCAAUAGAUUUCAUAACGCUGGGCUCACAAAAUGCGGCCAGAUGUUUUUCUCAUGGAACACCGAGUCAUUGUGUAAUACCACCAUCAUUGAAAGCUUAAUAAGUAACUUUCGUUAUACAUAUUAUAAGAUGAAACCACACACUCCGCGAAUAUUGACACCUUGUAAUUUGUAAACUUAAUAUUCGAGACAUUUAAACAAGACAACAAAAUUCAAUGUAAUAUUCCGACUUUAUUCCAAAGUCGUUGUCAAACCUACAGUAGGUUAUAAUUAAACGGGGAUGAGAGUUCGAGAGAGUUGAUGGGAGUUUGGCAAUCACGCUGUUUCACGGGUAAAUUUCAAGCUCCAGAUUAACAAAAUGAUACUGAGAUUUGAUCAGUGUUCUAACUGUGUUUUUACUUUAAAUAGAAUAUACGUAUAACAGUGUUGGGAAAGCAUUGAGAGCAGCUAACCAAGGUCGCGCGACUACCAACUCUGAACUCCCUUGCAUUGUCAACUCUUUUGACCCGGGCUUAUCUAUUAGUUACUAACUCCAGACGAAGGGCAUUCUCUGAGUCCGGAAAAAAUUUUUGACCCCUAAAAUGGUACACUGACCGAAAUUUUUUUGGCGACGGGGGGGGGGUGGGGGGGGAGGUCGCCAAAACAAAUUCCGGAAAAAAAUUUUUCGGUAGUUGUCGGGCAAAAUCCGGAAAAGUCGGGCAAAUUUCUUGCGGCCCCCCUAAAUUUUUCCUUCCGGUACGCCAAUGCUUUGAGGAAGCUGCAUCCUUACCAACGAGAGCUUGUUAACUUAACUAUUACAGCAUGUUGACAAUGACUUUGUCAGUAUAGAGUCUGAAAUAUUGCUUUGAAUUUUGUUGUCUUCUUUAAAUAGCUCGAAUCUUCAGUUUACAAGAUGUUAAUAUAAUAAUAAUAAUAUAAUGAUAAUGAUGACUUUUUUGAGUGUCAAUGUACUUAUAUAGCUUUCACAAACUAUAACUGGAGCACUGUAGUUUCAUGUUGCCCAUCUUAUAUUUCGCGAAAUUGGGAGAUGGUAAAGGUUUGUUAGGUAUGCUUUACAACCUUUACAGUCUUUGGGGACGAGGUUGGAACAUUUCGUCUCACGUUUUGGGAAUAUUAACUUAUAUUUCAAGCAACAAUCAUAUAAUUUAUGAUGCGCAGUAUAUGUGCGCAGAUAUAAACGUUUUUGUCGUGAAUUGCCACCUAUAUUCACAACAACUCUCUAAAAGUAGUAGAGAUUUCAAAUAUUGCUAUUCAGAAACAACAUCGAAUUUGGUGUUAAUACCGGAAAUUACACGUCGCCCUCCACGUAAGAUAACGGACGGUUAUUUAACGCCAGGAAACGGUUUCCAAUGGCCUGCUUAACGCUGCUUUCGGUCUCCCUCUUCGUGCAACGAAUCGUUUCAGGCUUAGGAGGAAGUUGAUCAUUUCCAACGUAGGCAACAGUUCCAUGUAAAUUACUCUGGUUAAACUACAGGAAUAGAGCAGUACAUACGCUUUCCCUUCCUUUUGCUUGUAUACUCGAUAUUGCAGAGGACUGGCAUAGUCUACAACCUCGUACCCGGGGUCCCCGUGUUUAAAGGUUCUGGCACAGGCAGUAGAGGAGCCGAGUUUGUCUAGUAAAACAAGACAAACACCGUUUUACCUUGUUAAUUGUAAUAUAUUUCAAUGUCGAAUCUAUUGUGUGCAUUAAAAAUGCAAAUUUUAUAAUUUGUUGUCUGUUGAAAUUGUCGCGAAACUCGUGCAUAUAAACAUUAAUAUUGUAUUGAUUGUAUAUUCUUACUUCAUGUAACAUGAACAACAAAUGAAUAUACUCCGCUGUUGUAGAUUAUUGUGGGCUCACAUUUCGUUUAUUAAAAUUAGACCACAGUAUAUAACUGACAAUAGGAAACGAAGAACAGGAAGAAACAGUCAUUGGCGUGAUGUUUUAGGAUAUAUACUGAGAUGAUAUCAAUGUACGGUGUACACGUGGUAAAUCAAUCAUCAGGAUUUUGCAUGGGCAUCUCACUCGAUAGAUGUAAUUGCAGAAGGGUUUUGUGGAUGGAAAUAUUCGAGUGUAAAUUUUAUAAAUUUAUUAGAGCUAACUAGCUAGGAGCAGUUGCGAAAAGUACAACUAGUUGUAUGAAGCCAAUGCCUGC